CGGCGGCGCCGGCGGCAGCAGCUGAGGCGAACAUCUUCCUCAGGAGUCGGCGGGGGCGGCGCUGCUGUUGCGGCGGCCGCGGCGGCUGCUAGUCCAGGGCGAACCGGCGGGCCGCGACGGCGGCAGCCGCCUGAGGCCAGCGACUGUUUGCGGGGCACGGGCGGCGGCGUCCGCCAUGGACUGAGGAGACCGCGAUGGGCAACAAGGAGUCGCGCAUCGGCUUCCUCACCUACGACGAGGCCCUGCGGAGGGUGACGGAUGUAGAGCUAAAACGGCUGAAAGAUGCCUUCAAGAGGACCUGCGGACUCUCGUGUUACAUGAGCCAACAAUGCUUCAUUCGGGAAGUUCUCGGAGAUGGAGUUCCUCCAAAGGUUGCAGAGGUCAUAUACUGUUCUUUUGGUGGCACAUCGAAAGGCCUACAUUUCAAUAACCUGAUAGUGGGCUUAGUCCUGCUGACGAGGGGCCGAGAUGAAGAGAAAGCCAAAUAUAUUUUCAGCCUCUUUUCUAAUGAAUCUGGGAGCCAUGUCGCCCGUGAAGAGAUGGAGAGGAUGCUUCUCAUAAUUGAUGGAAAAGUCCCUGAAUGUCUAAAAAAAUGCUUCUCGGAGGGCGAAAAAGUAAACUAUGAAAAAUUCAGAUCCUGGCUGUUGCACAACAAAGAAGCUUUCACGUUUUCCCGCUGGCUGCUCUCCGGAGGAGUGUAUGUCACACUCACAGAUGACAGCGACACCCCCACCUUCUAUCAGACUCUUGCUGGAGUCACGCACUUGGAAGAAUCCGACAUCAUCGACCUUGAGAAACGCUAUUGGCUGCUGAAAGCUCAAUCGAGAACAGGCCGUUUUGAUCUGGAAACGUUUGGCCUCCUGGUUUCCCCUCCGAUCCAUCCGUCCCUGAGCGAAGGCCUGUUUAACGCCUUUGAUGAAAACCGCGACAAUCACAUAGACUUCAAGGAAAUCUCGUGCGGGCUCUCGGCUUGCUGCAGGGGGCCGCUGGCAGAACGGCAGAAGUUUUGCUUCAAGGUUUUCGACGUUGAUCGAGACGGGGUUCUGUCUAAGGUCGAACUCGAAGAAAUGGUCGUGGCCCUUCUGGAAGUUUGGAAAGAUAAUCGUAUUGAUAACAUUCCAGAGCUGCACAUGAAUUUGCCUGAUAUUGUAGAAGAUAUUCUAAAGUCACAUGACACUACCAAGCUUGGUCAUCUCACCCUUGAGGAUUAUCAGAUCUGGAGUGUGAAGAGCGCCCUUGCCAACGAAUUUCUGAACCUGCUUUUUCAGGUGUGCCAUAUAGUCUUAGGUUUAAGACCUGCCACUCCAGGAGAUGAAGGGCAAAUCAUUAGAGGCUGGCUAGAACGUGAAAGUAGACAUGGCCUUCAACAAGGACACAACUGGUUUCUCAUCGCAAUGCAGUGGUGGCAGCAGUGGAAAGAAUACGUCAAAUAUGAUGCUCUCCCUGUUAUGCUGGAGCCUUUGUCUGUCUCAAAUGGAGGUAAGGCUUCUCUCCUGAGUCCUGGGUCACCUAUAUCAGAGCAGGGAGACGACCGAAUGGGUGCUUCGAAUAACAUCAGUGCCGCAGAAGAAAAGUUUUCAGAUAGUGUUUCCAGCGCGUCAGAAGCAUCGGAGACAACUAACAGCAAUUUUAUUUACGCCACCACUCCCAACGCCGAGAUGUCCUUUGCUCGACAGCUUAAUUCUUCAGAUAACAACAAUCAGUGCCUCCUUGCCUCUAAUGGGAAUAUCUUACUGCAGUUGCUGAAUCCACAGCGGCCCGGAGCGAUCGAUAAUCAGCCCCUUGUAACGCAAGAGCCUGUGAAGGCUCCAUCGUUGACUUUGGAAGGCGGGCGAUUAAAACCAUCGCCCCAAUUGAUCCAAGGGAAAAAUUAUGAAAUGGUCCCAGAACCGGUAUGGAGAGCCCUCUACCAUUGGUACGGAGCGAACCUGUCUUUGCCGAGGCCGGUGAUCAGAAACAGUGUGACGGGCCUGCCCGAGCUGGAGCUGUUUCCCCGUUACCUGCUCUUCCUUAGACAGCAGCCAGCUACCCGGACCCAGCAAUCCAACGUCUGGGUGAACAUGGGGAACGUCCCAUCACCCAGCGCCCCCUUGAAGAGGGUCUUGGCCUACACCGGCUGCUUUAGUCGCACCCAGACCAUCAAGGAGAUCCACGAAUACCUGUCACAGCGGCUGAGGAUGAAAGAGGAGGACAUGCGCCUGUGGCUGUACAACAGUGAGAACUACCUUACUCUUCUUGAUGAUGAGGAUCAUACGCUGGAAUACCUGAAUAUUCAAGAUGAACAGCACUUAAUUAUAGAAGUUCGCAAUAAAGACAUGAGCUGGCCGGAAGAGAUGUCAUUUAUAGCAAACAGCAGUAAAAUUGACAGGCAUAAAGUUCCCACAGAAAAAGGGGCCACGGGCUUAAGCAACUUGGGGAACACGUGCUUCAUGAAUUCGAGCAUCCAGUGCGUCAGUAACACGCAACCUCUUACCCAGUAUUUCAUCUCCGGCCGACAUCUGUAUGAGCUGAACAGGACAAAUCCAAUAGGAAUGAAGGGGCAUAUGGCUAAAUGCUACGGGGAUUUGAUUCAAGAACUGUGGAGCGGAGCCCAAAAGAACAUUGCUCCUCUCAAGUUGCGGUGGACUAUAGCUAAAUAUGCCCCAAGGUUUAAUGGAUUCCAACAGCAAGAUUCUCAGGAGCUCUUAGCUUUUCUCCUGGAUGGGCUCCACGAGGACCUGAAUCGAGUCCAUGAUAAGCCGUAUGUUGAGCUGAAGGACAGCGAUGGCCGGCCGGAUUGGGAGGUAGCGGCAGAGGCCUGGGAGAACCAUUUGAGAAGGAACCGCUCGAUCGUGGUCGACCUGUUCCACGGGCAGCUGAGGUCUCAGGUGAAAUGCAAGACCUGCGGGCACAUCAGUGUUCGUUUCGACCCUUUCAAUUUCCUAUCGCUGCCUCUUCCAAUGGACAGUUACAUGCACAUAGAAAUAAUAGUAACUAAGCUAGACGGCACGACUCCCGUCCGAUAUGGACUCAGGCUAAAUAUGGACGAGAAAUACUCUGACUUGAAGAAGCACCUGAGUGAGCUUUGUGCCCUGAAGCCCGAUCAGAUUCUGCUUGCGGAAGUACACAGUUCAAACAUAAAGAACUUUCCGCAAGACAACCAAAAAGUCCGGCAUUCGACAACUGCUUCUUUGUGCGCCUUCGAAGUACCGAUUCCUGGAUCUCCCACUUCGGCUUCUUCAAGUCCCUUGCAAACAGAUUUUUACCGUGGACAGUCGACCAAUGGGGUGAUCAGCUGCCUGAUGAACGGGGACCUCCCGCGGUCCACCUUGAUCCCAAACGGAAUGCCAAACACAGUGGUGCCCUACAGGGGGGAGAAUGGCGUGAUGAUGAAUGGUCAUGUGACCUCACCUUCCGACAGCCCCUUCAUAGGCUACAUCAUUGCGGUCCACAGGAAGAUGAUGCGGGCCGAAAUGUACUUUCUCUCGUCUCAAAAGAACCGGCCAAGCCUGUUUGGGAUGCCUCUGAUUGUUCCCUGCACAGUUCACACAAGGAAGAAAGACUUGUAUGACGCUGUCUGGAUUCAGGUGUCUCGGCUUGCAAGCCCCCUCCCUCCCCAGGAAGCAAGUAACCAUGCUCAGGAUUGCGAUGACAGCUUGGGAUAUCAAUACCCUUUCACCCUUCGGGUGGUUCAGAAAGAUGGCAACUCCUGUGCCUGGUGCCCUUGGUACAGGUUUUGCUACGGGUGUAAAAUCGAUUGCACAGAAGAAAGAGCGCUGAUGGGGAACGCAAACCUCGCUGUGGACUGGGAUCCCACCGCCCUUCACCUCCGCUACCAGACCUCACAAGAACGGAUAGCAGAGGAGCACAGAAGCGUGGAGCAGAGCCAGCGCGCUCAGGCCGAGCCCAUCAACCUGGACAGCUGCUUGCGGGCCUUCACCAGCGAGGAGGAGCUGGGGGAAGAUGAAAUGUACUAUUGUUCCAAGUGCAGGACCCACUGCCUGGCCACCAAGAAGCUGGACCUGUGGAGGCUGCCCCCGAUCCUGAUCAUCCACUUAAAGCGCUUCCAAUUUGUCAACGGCCGCUGGAUAAAAUCCCAAAAAAUCGUCAAGUUUCCUCGUGAGAGCUUUGACCCAAGUGCCUUCCUCAUGCCACGAGACCUGAGCUGCUGGCCGCCAAAGCUGCUGACGCCGCAGGCUGACGAUCCCGCGGAGCCCCUGAUUCUGCCGGAGGAGUGUCGGAGGACGGAGCAGCGGAGCGGCACUGUGGCCGGAGAGGGCGACGUCCUCACCCGGAGCCCUUCCUCUCUCAACACUUCGGGCAUCUUAAAUACUAUUAGAGCAUCGCCAUCCUCCGCGAGGAAGUGCACAUCCGGCUCUUCGGCCAGUAAAAACCUUAGCCCCACCAGUAGCCCCAGGACUAUGGGCAGAAGUAAGGGGCGCCUUCGUCUCCCCCAGCUCUGUAAAAACAAACUGUCGAGCAGCAAAGAGAACCUGGACACAAGUCGAGAGAACGGUACCCAGCCAGAUCCAAAGGCCACGUUGGACUCCCCAGGCAGGGAGCAGCAGAAUUUGGGGGACGGUUCAGGAGAACCGGUGGCUGCUCAGGACAAUGAGGGGCAGCUAACCAAUGGAUACCUUUGCAAGCUGAGCUCCUCCAGCAACCACAGUCUCAACGGUCACCUAGAAGCCCGCCGGGAAGAGGAAUUGGUGGAUGACCAAAGAGGAGAAAUCUGUAUUAAUCCCAUUUAUAACUUAUAUGCAAUUUCGUGCCAUUCAGGAAUUAUGGGAGGAGGUCAUUACGUCACCUAUGCCAAAAACCCCAAUGACAAAUGGUACUGUUACAACGACAGCAGCUGUAAGGAAUUGCAUCCCGACGAAAUUGACACAGAUUCUGCCUACAUCCUUUUCUACGAACAGCAAGGAGUGGACUAUGCACAAUUUUUGCCAAAGAUUGAGGGCAAGAAUAUGGCGGAUACCAGUAGCAUGGAUGAAGAUUUUGAGUCCGAUUACAAAAAGUACUGUGUCUUGCAAUGAGCAAAACGGGUUUUGCAAAGGUUAGUCCGAGGAGGUUGCAACCACAAGGCUGGCAAAAAAAAAAAGAAAGAAAGAAAGAAAAGAAAAUAAGGUUUUUACUGAGCAGAAGAGCUAGAUAUAAUUUUUAUUUUUAUUUUAUUUUUUAUUUUAUUUUCCUCCUGUGACCUGAAAGCACAACUAAAGAAAAACAAAAUAGGGGGAGAAAGAGAAUACUCUAAUUAAAAUGAGCAUUUAUCAGAUGGCAUUUGCUUUGGUUUCCCAUUCUCUUGCUCCAUGCCCAGAGGGUGGGGGAACACCCAUCGGUUAAAUUGUUUUAUUUUGCCUUUAGCCUUCAAACUGGCUUGACCUCAGCAAACUAGGACUAGAUGCAUUUAAAGUUUUGGAAAUAACUGUAGUCUGUUCGUUCCUUUGACCAAUUUGCUCUUAGAGACACCUGAAGUAAGUUGGGGUUGGGGAGAAAAAUGACUUUUGGGGAAGCUCUCUUCCGAUUGCUAAUGAUUAACUUGUAGUGUUGUCUGACAACAUGAAAUUUCUACCUCCUUUUUCUGAAGUUUUAUUCCAUUUCCGCGAGGAGAAGAGGCACACGCAGACGGCAGGCACAAGCUGCAGAAAAUUCCCCCAAACUUUUCCCUGCUGUUCAUUUUCUCGCUUGAUGUAUUCAUUAGCAGUCCCUUUCCGUCGCCUUGAGAAUAAAGUUUCCUCUCUUUUUUUUGACCUUGUGGAAUUGUUCCAACCUUUUUGGCUUUCAGAGAGGUUUCAGAGGAGCUCCAGCAGCCUGUCAGCACUUGAAAUGGCUGGAGAUCUGGAAUCUGAGACAGCUCCAGGCUGUUGCUAGGGGCAGGGAGUGGGCUAAUUAUGUCUAUCCAUCUCCACUUUGGAUGGAUUGGGAUGUUCUAGGAGCCAAGUGUUUCUCCAUGUACUAGAGCAGUGUUUCCCAAACUUGACCCUUUGAAGAUGUCUGCACUUCAACUCCCAGAAUUCCUCAACCAGGCAUACUGGCUGGGGAAUUCUGGGAGUUGAAGUCCAUGCAUCUUAAAAUAGCCAAGUUUGGGAAACACUGUACUAGAGGGUACUUGGGUAAGAAGUCUGCCCUGGUUGUGAAAAUAUUUUGCAAAUGUGGUUACACUGUCUCCUCAACUUACAACCUUCAUUUCACAAGAAGCUAGCUCCUGACUUUUUAGUGUAUUGAUCUGAUCAUUGUUGAGACCGGGAAAGUCAAAGCAGGAAUCUGUUCCCCAAUUCAAUCCAACUCAACCCAGCCCUACACAAGUCAGUCCAAUGCAACUCAACCCAACCCAAUGCAACUCAACCCAACCCAAUUCAGUGCAACUCUACCCAACUCAAUGCAAUUCAACCCAACCCAAUGGAACUCACCCUAAUGCAACUCCACCCAACCCAACCCAAUUCAACCCAACCCAACCCAGUGCAACUCAAUCCAAUCCAAUCCAAACUUUAAAUCCAAGAAACAAUGGAGCCUGGUUGAGUGUUUGAGCCAACAGUGUAUCAGUGAUGGCUGAUGGGAAAUGCGUACUCAAAGGAGGACUUUAGGCAGGGAUGUUCCUGAAGGAGAGAGAUCAAAAAAAUCCAAGAUGGUGUCGGUGACUGUGAUCCAAAUUCUACCCCCCCUUUUUUUAAAACUUGUAUCACAUGUGUGCAAGAGAUGGGGCUUCAGAAGGGCAGUGACAGCCGCUGUCUUGAUUUUUAGGACCCCCUCAAGCAGCCACCCCUUACAAUGGAGAUGGAGUACGGCCCCUUCUUCAAGACUCCUAGGACCUAUCCUUCAUUUGUGGCAGACCUUUUGAAGGGGAAGAGUCCUCCCAAAUCUCGUUCUCUCUUCCUUGAUUGGAGGGAGCGCCAGUCAUGAUUUUUUUUUUUUUGGUUAAUUUGCACUUUAAAAAUAAUAAUAAAAAGGUAACAGAGUUCAUUUUCAGUGCUUUUGGGAUAGCCGUGUGCAUGCUUGGGUGCGUGUCCUUUCCGUUCCUUUUCUUUCAAAAAGCAAAGUUAACAUGUCUGAAUGAUGACCGUCGGUGUCCAUUCUGCCACCCAACUUGGCUGUGCUUUUGAUCAGCCAACGGAAGGAUUUGUCCCCCGGAAGGAAUGUUUAUACUUCAAACCCACUUUAGGCAUCUUGUGGGUUUUGAACCAUCUCUUGAUAGAAAUUCCCCUUUUUUUCUGUUCUUGUAGGUCAGCCAGAGUCAGAGCAGAGCAGUGAGGUGGGUGGCUGCAUAAAUGUAAUAAUAAAACGAAAGAAGGAAUUAAACUGGCAGCCAUUUCCAGCUUCUGGAAUGGAAAUGGAUUUAGAGAGCCAGGAUAAUGAGGGAGCUAUGGCAAUGUUCCCAUUUUCAGGUGAGCUCUCUUGAGAAUUCGAAAAUCCUUCCUAAAUCUACAUUUAUUAAGCCAAGCCCUAAAUCAGACCACCCCACCCCCCCUCCUUAUUCCUCAUCUGCCCCAAUCAGAUGAUUAAAUAAGGUUGAUCAGAGGUUAGGAUAAAUCAUCCACUUCUUCAUAAACGAAGCUGCUGAACCAACUCGUAGUGAUAACAGUGAGAUUUUAAAAGAGCAGCAAAGGUGAGUUUUGCCACUAAUUUGGGAGAUCUGUUGUAGGACUAUGCUAUUAAAAUAUUGGGAAAGAAGGAUUUAGUUGAACAAGUGACUUCUUUAUGCAAAAUAAAAUCUUUAAUCUUACCAGGGAGAGGUCAAUAACUAGCCUUCCUCCUAACAAGCUAGAUUUCUCAUCUAUAUGCAGGGAUUUAUUCUGUCUUCUGGAAGAGGGAACGGUACUAUAAUCUCAGCCCACCACUGUUCUUUGAACUGGUCCUGUCAACCUUUCCCUUACUGAAAAUCUGACAAAAAUUCACAUUAUUUCAGCUAAUUUCCCUGUGGUUGUUUCUUCCCUCACCCCCAAAGCAAAAUUGCUUAGCUUUCAUUGUCUUCUUCCAACUGCAAUGCUUACAGUAGGCUUCUUAAAACUCCCUUUUUCCCCUGGUACCAUUUUCUGGCAGUUCCAGGGCAUCGUGGCUUCGUCUAACCUCACAUUAGAGAAGACGAUUAGUGUUUUCUUUUAAGAAGCUUGGCAAACAUGGAGAAGGAUCGCAGGGCCUGUUCUUUGGUAGGCGGUUUCUCAACUCCCAGAAUUCCCCAUCCGGCCUGCUUUUAAAUGGGUGGACUUCAACUCCCAGAAUUCCCCAGCCCGUAAGCAACACAGAUCUUAAUUCAUGCCGAGUAGAGAAUUCUGGGAGUUAAAAGUCCACCCAACUUUAAAACAUGCUGGCUGGGGAAUUCUGGGAGUUGAAGUCCACCCAUUUUCAAGGCGCCACGGUUGAGAAACGCCACUGGAGAACACAACAGUUGACAAUUGCUCAGUUUUUUUGGUCUCUUUGAAGCUAUUUGUGUCUGAGCAACUCAGGCAUGCACUGUGGAACCAUCAUCCGGUGGUUGCUGUGUGAGCCACCUUGUUACUCCCAUUAGUGUGUGCAUGUGUGUGAAUGUUGCAGACGGGGUCAUUUCAAACCCAGCUUUUAUGCUGGAGCACGGCAGAAGGUCAUGGCGCAUCCUAAGGAGAAGAAGGACCUAGUGUCUCUUAGCUCAGGGGUCUCCAACCUUGGCAACUUUAAGACUUGUGGACUUCAACUCCCACAAUUCUGAGAGUUGAAGUCCACAAAUCUUAAAGGGUUGGAGAUCCCUGUUUUAGCUUAUCGUCCAGGAACAAGCCACCAUAAUCUCCUAUGUAAAGUCCCAUAAUCCCUGACUGUGCCGAUGAGGCCUUCAGGAAAGUGUAGCCCCUCAGUAGCUCCUGAGAACCAACUUCCCACACACACACCGGAUUUUAAUGGGUGCCACCACUCAGUUGUGUGAUUAAUAGCGCCACGUUCCUCUUUUGCCAAAACCAAGCCAGCAUCUUGUUGAACACAUAGUAUGAUGCCUGUCAACCUUGUGAUGUACUUAGCGGGGUAGCCAAAUCCUGGGUGGGUGGGGAGAGAGAUUUUAACAAUGCAUUGGCCCCUAAUGUCCAUUAUCUUGACCUCUCUGAGCAUGGAGAAAAUCCCCACUUUAAACACAGGAGGGGACGAUCACCUCCGUCUCUCUUUGAAGGUCUUUCCAUGUUUCUUUUGAAACGGUUUGGUUUCAACCCAGCAUGAUCGACUCGCCUCGUCUUUAAAUCUGCCAUGCUUUGUUACAUUGGUUGUAAUGAUUAAUAUUUUUUUUUAAGAAAAAAGGUUAAAUUAAUUCCUAAAUUUAAUAGGAAAAAUAAAACACAAAACGAUUUAAGUUAACGGUUUAACUAUAUUCGCUCUGUAAAUUAUUGUAUAAAACCUAUUGACAAUGCACUGAAUUUAGAAAGACCGUGUACAUAAGUACUGUGUAAAUAAUUUAAAGGAGAGAAAAAAAAAGUAUUAAUGUAUUGGGAUAUGAACUGUAUUAAAAAAAAAAGUCCAAGUAACUGUAUAUGGAGUGAACUUGUCUAUCUGUAAGUAUAUUAUUCAAGCAAAUUAAAUACUGUGGAUGCAACUCA